AUGGCCAAAUAUUCGAGUGGUGCCUCAGUUUUCACGGUAUUUCUUAUCCUGUCCUUGAUGCUUUCCAUGUCCAUGAGUUCCCAGGCACGUAUUCUCCAGAGAGGGAGGGCCAUGGAAAGGAAUAGCGAGAGCCAGCUUCUUUUACAGGAGUUAGGUUUUGAUCUCCUCAAAGUCAAACAUUAUCGAAAGAUGUCAACACGUGGACCAGGUUCUGAUAGAGUAUCGCCAGGUUUUGAGAAAGGUUUGGCUAGGCUCUUGGUUAUGGGACUAAGAAGUAAUGGUGUUGUAGUAUUUAACUUUGAUACUUGUGCUUAUACUUUGAUUAAGGCAACGAGUGAAGGAAAGGCAUAUUAUGGUAAAGUUUUAGUAGUUACUGAUCUCGAAGGUCUUCAAGAGAGUAUUACCACUUUCGUGCGAGCUGUUUACGUGUUUGCUAAUGAUUUGACAAAGCCAACCACUGCAACACCUUUUGCUCACUUGGAUGCCACCAUUGUGUUGCUAAGAAAUUUUUUCGUUAAGGCAAAGUUUAACACUGUUUUGGCAAUAGCAUCAGGGAUGAAGGAGCUCAAGCAUGCUGAAGAUGUUUUUAUGCAUCACAACUGGAAAAGAGCUGGUAAAUCCACUGCCCAAUGUACUUACCCUUACGGCACUAGCAGCAGAGGCAUCAGUGAUUGCUUCUCGUACAGUGAGGUUUUAUCCACUUGCAUCUUGGUUGUAGAACAGUGCAAAGUGUUGGAGAUGGGAUCUUGUUUUGGAGUUGCUGCAACAUAUUCUAGUCCCCCUCAUUUCAGCCAUGUGUGCUAA